AUGGGCUAUGACUGGGACGCGCACGAGAAGCUAUGUUUCCAGCUGUACAUCAACGAGAAGAGGUCCCUCGAGGACAUAAUGGAGUACCUCAAAGUCCAUCAUGACUUUCGCCCCUGCAAACGGGCCUUUCAGACGCAGUUCCGCAAGUGGGAUUUCCCCUCGAAACGGAACCCCGCGCACAAGAAUGGGAGGCUCGUCGCGCGGGUCAAGGAGCUGUGGGAGCGGAAUCUCUCGCAGAGGGACAUGUUGACGGUCCUGAACCAGGAUGGGUUCGAUAUCAAGAAGAGGGAGCUGGUGAGGGUCAGGACUAUGAACGGGUGGCUCAUGAAAGCUGCCAACGGGGAGCGGAUGAGGGAGAAUGAGAACGAGUCGAGGCCCGGGAUGGACCCGUUGAGUGAUUUCGCUGGGCGGAAUGACGACGCUCAGAUGGCGGGCGGUGCCAAUGACAUGACUGAAAUUCUUGGGGAGAUGCCUGACGAGGAUGCCGCGGCCUGGGAUGGCGAGAAGAAUAGGCGGAAGAGGAGAAGAUUGAAGGCUUGGGAGAGCACAUCGCAGGACGUGCCGGUUGCGCCGCGGUUCCCGUCCGAGACAACGCUCGACGAGGCCAAGGCUAUCCUCGACCUGUCCAACGAUGUCUAUCGACAAGUCCGGGCCACAUUCUCACGGAUUUGUGAAGAGUCGGGCAUCAGCAAAAAGUCAAUCGCCGGUCCCGACAAGUGGGAAGCCGCUAAGGAUCGGCUGGUCAGGGAGAUGCCGCAGCUCCGGGACGUCAUGUCCCAGUCUGAGGAGGAUCACAAGUCCAAGAAGCUGGCGCUUGAUGUCAUUUGUGCAGACAUUACGAAGCGGGCGCGCACGCUCGAUAAGCGCGUCACUCUUGCGGAGAUCAAGACGAUACUCGGCGUGAAUCCGGAGGAGACGAGGGAGAUGCGAUCUACGUUUGAACAGAUCGCAAGAGAAGCCGGGCUGGGCUCGAAAUCAGAAGCCGGGCCGGAGCGGUGGAGUGUUCUCAUAGAGAGGUGGCAGGACAGUUCGCCGCUUGUUCAGCGUGUUCUUGCUCAUGGGCCAGCAGCCCCCGGUUAUGCUGAGAAGGAGCGGGCUCUGGAUGUCCUCGCUCGCGACGUCAUGAAGAGGUUGCGGGAUGAAGUGUCCAGGAAGGACAAGCCGAGCAAAGGAGGCUCUGUCAAAGCUAAGCAGCCUGCCACCAGCUUUGAGCCUCAGCAAGAAACUGUGCUGGCCCCGACUACCCAACCAGAAAUGAUUGAGGACAUCCAGGGUAACCACGGUUUGGUCAACCAAUAUGGCAACGCCGGCCAGGUCUCGUCCUUGGGCAUGGUCCCAAGCUCUGGGGACAGCCAGACGCAGAUGCUCAUCCCAGUGCCCAUGCAAUCCCAAGCCCCCGACCACCUCGGCCACUCUGCCGCGCGCAUCCUCUCAAACGCCCUCCUCGGCCAGACCAACAUGGGACUCGACUCCCACCUCGGGUCCUCCCUCCUGAUGUCCGCCAACGCCCAAGCGGCCUUCGUGAGCCAGCAGUACGCGCAGCAGUUCACGGCCUCGCAGCCCAUCUACCACGCACCGCCGCCGCCAGCACCCACGGCCGUCGUGGCCAUCUACCUCCGCCUCCACCCAUCGUCAACGUUCGUGGUGAACGCCAACCUCUGGAUCGCGACGCUGGGCUCGCACUCGAUGCAGGAGCUACGGCAUGUGGCAGCCAGCAAGUUCCCAGGUGCCCUCUGUCUAAGGGUCGAGGGUGUGAUCAAGGACGGCAAGGGCGGGGAGAUGCCUUUGCAGAUCGACCAGGACCCGGAGCUGGCUGCGUACUUGGCGCAUCUGCAGGGUGCGACGCCGGUUUUCAACGUCCAGCUCGUUCCGGGGUGGAAGACUGCUUGA